GGUACAUUCUGCUCCUUCACCAGGCACGCUCGUGCAUCAUAGCCAUGCUUUGUGACGGCUGAGCACGUGCUCGCCUACUAUUGGCUGAGGACCUGGUGACGAACCAGACUUUAUGGGUGUGGCCUUCAAUGCUCUGGCAGUUGCUCCCGAGCUCUCGAGGUAGCAACACUUGAAAGCUGUUGGCGGCGAGGGUUACUAAGAAAUCAAAGGAUUUCGUGUAAGAAAUCAAAGGAUUUCGGAUCGGAAAUGGAUGUUCCGACUUCAUCCACCGAUUCUCAGGAGGUGAAGCCUAUAAUGCCAAUUAGGACCAAGGCAGCCUGCAAGUUUUAUCCUCCUCACAUUCUUUGUGGAAAGGGUGCGAAGACCAACAAGCGUGGGAAACGCGGUGGCGCCCAAAAGGCUUCCACAAAGAAAGACAUCGGAGAAACUACUCCACCUGUGGCUAAGAAGUCCAAAGUGGCCAAGGAGCCAACCAUGCUGGCGGCAGCAGCCGCCCCUGAGGCAGCAGCCUCACCUGAGUCAUCAGCCGCAGCAGCCGCCCCUGAGGCAGCAGCCUCACCUGAGUCAUCAGCCGCAGCAGCCGCACCUGAGGCAGCAGCCUCACCUGAGUCAUCAGCGGCAGCAGCCGCACCUGAGGCAGCAGCCUCACUUGAGUCAUCAGCGGCAGCAGCCGCACCUGAGGCAGCAGCCGCACCUGCUACACCUGCUGCACCUGAGGCAGCAGCCGCACCUGAGGUAGCAGCCGCACCUGCUACACCUGCCGCACCUGAGGCAACAGCUGCACCUGCCGCACCUGAGGCAGCAACUACACCUGCUGCACCUGAGGCACCAGCAGCUGCUCCAGCUGUAGAGGAGGAAGAAAUGGUCUGGGAGGCGGCAGCAGUCGUUGGGGAGGCAGCUGUGAAGCCCCCCGAGGAGGAACCGACCAGCGGAGAAGCAGUCGCUACUACAACCAUGACCUAGGCAGAUAGCCAAUAAGAUGGCUAUCUCAGUGCUGGGAAUUCCCCAGAACCCCAGCCCCCAAAUAAAAAUUAACAUAUUGAUGUUAAAAAUAAACUGAUUAAAAUUUGAAAA